AUGUUCUCGCCGCUCGCCAUUCAAACUAUCACUCGUUGCGCCGCCCAAGCUCAAGCCAUGGAACGAGUCGUUGUUGGCGAGAAUGUCUCGCUUGUCCCUAGACACAAGCUUGACAAGAAGGUCAAGACUGCAAAGACCACGAAGGGGUCCAAAGAUGGCAAGAAUGAGAACUUAUGCGCUACUCAAAAGGAUCAGACUCUACGCCAGCAAGUUCCAGCACCGCCACUUCAUGUGCUUACAAGCAGGAGAGCAACGUACUUUGCGAACGUCCUGACAGCUUCCAUCUUUUGCAUCAACAACUCACAGCACUUCUGCAACUUUACAGUGGAGAGUCAAGAACAAUGGACCGCCCUGCUCGAAAGCUACAAAGAUGUCAGGUACAGAAAAUUCACUCCCGCCUACGAAGAAGUGCCGGAUAUUCUUGAGAGACUUCGCACUAUCAAGUUUGUUCACUGCUCCAGCGCAAAUUCCAACGAGGAGAAACAUGUGGAGCAGUCACACAACAUCGCCAACAGCAAUUCCAUCCCUUCUGUUGCUUCGACUCAGCGCCGCGCUAAGGCCAAGGUCAACUCACACCAAACCAUGCCGCCACCUGCAGAUGUGACGUUGCCUUCAGAACCAACGCAAGCUUUCCGUCGUCCUGAAAGCAUGAAGCAGCUUCCUCGUUUGACUCCUCAGUCCUUCCGCCAACAGAUUCGCAACCAGGGACUCGAGGGUAUCUUUGUCGAGUUCGUUCCGUUUGCCAGUCUUGCCGAAAGCAACCCUGCCAAGAGAUACAAAGAACAUCUGGAGCAACAUGGUAUGGCUGGUUAUGUGGAGUGGGUUGUUCCAGGUUCGGGCUGGCAUUAA